AUGAGUGGGUUCUCAAUAAGCUUAAAGAAUUCAUCGAAAUCCAACAAGAAGAAAGUUAAGAAGCCAGUGAAACAAAAAAAAAGUGAUAAUAUAUUUCAAGAUGGUGAGAAAAUUGAGGUUAAAAAGAAGGCUGUAACAUUGAUUACACAUGUUGAAGCAACCUCUGAAGUCGAAGAACACAAACCGUUGGUGAUAGAACCUGUGGUGCGAACUACAGAGAUUAAUAAACGUAUAAGUGUGUUCCCAGAUGAAAUGACAUCUUCAGCUCCUAAAUAUGGAUUGAAUACGAUCAAUAGUAAUCACUCACAUGAAGAGCAAGAGAAACAACAUUUCGAUGUAACUAAGAUGUCACACUUAGUCAAUGGCUCUUUACCAGAAACUACUACUAUUGAAGAGUACGAAGAGGUGCCAGUUGAAGAAUUUGGUGAAGCUCUAUUAAGAGGAAUGGGUUGGAGUGGUCAGUUAGAUGAUGAGAAAAAAUCCAAGAAGAAUUCCACCUUACUGCCACAUGAGAAGGCAAGAGCUGAAUUCGCAGGUAUUGGCGCCACUGUGCCAGUAACAUAUGCAUUGUCCAAUAAAUCAUUAAGGGAAGAUUCCUUUAUGCCAGUUGUGAAAAUAAAUAAGCAAUCAAAAGGAAAUUAG